AUGCGGCGUCUUUCCCUGCGGCGGGCAUGGCAGCCGUCUUUUCUCAAGCAUCUGUCGGAUGUGGAGCCGGUGCCGCAGAAAGCCCCGGUAGAGAAGCAGCGUAGACAGCAUAUCCCGCUCUCUCUGCAGGCACGUGAGGAGUUGUCGCGCAAGUCGAAUGAACUGCAGUACCACGUAGUCACACAAGACUGGUUCGGCCAGCGGGUGGACGACUUUAUUACUCAGCACCACCCGGAGUGGGACUAUGAGACGGUGAAGCGGCUGGUGCAGCAGGGGCACAUCUACCGCUACCGGAGAAAUGGGAAGAGGCGGUACACUCGAUUGACGGAUCGUCUUGAGUUCGAUGAGCUCGUCGUCGUGCCGACAGCGAGCUUCUGGGGGCGUCAGCUCGCGCCGCCGAGUGGGGUAGAGUUGCAGAGCUUGUCGACAUCGCAGCAGCGGGAGCGGCGGCAGAAAUUUCACCUCUCUGCCAAGGCGCGCGAGAUGGCGCAGGAGAUGGUGCUCUUCAAGAACGAGCACGUCGUCGUGAUCAACAAGCCGAGUGGCGUGCCGAUCAUGCCAACGCAUGACCCGCUCGCCAUGAACAUCACAGACCUGCUUCCGGCGUGGCGGUACACCAACACGCAGAUGCCAAUUGUGUGUCACAACCUCGAUGCUGAAACGAGCGGGUGCGUUCUGCUGGCGCGCAGCGCGAACGCGCAUCGCAUGCUGGGCCGCAUGUUUGUGAAACGCGUCGUACCGAACAGUGUGUACUGGGGCUUCGCGGUUGGAAAGCCGCCCGUCAACUUCGGCCGCAUUCGCAUGCACUUCGAGAUUCAGAAGGGGCAGGGCGGCGACGUUAUUGUUGCUCGCCCCGCCCCCACAGCGAACUCCAAGGUGGGGAUCGCCGAGUUCGUCGUGAACGCUUCCGCUCUGGAGUUCGGCAGCUUCAUCUCCUUUUACCCGCUCACGACGCGGCGGCAUCAGGAGCGCAUCAUGGCCGCCCACGCGCUGCGAGCACCACUCCUCGGCGACGCCAAGUAUGGUGGCGAGAGCGCCUUUCCACAUUCCUUGUCGCUCUUCUGGGACCCUGCCCGCAAAGAUGUCCCACUGCACCUCCAUCAUCGCAAAAUUCAGCUUCCCUACAAGAACGGCGCUGGGGCGUUUGUCUGCGUCACGGCGCCGCUACCGCAGCACAUGGAGAAGACAUUCAAGCGGCUGGGGUGGCCAGUAGAUGCUGACGAUCCGCUUAUCCCUGGUUGA